UUCAGGCUUUUAACCUGCAGCUGGCGCAGCAGCCGUUCAGUCAACGUUGCAUCUGCAAAGCUGAAGCGGCGGCAGAUCACCAUCAUCCAAACCAUAGAUUGACAUCCAGAGCGGAGGAUUGCGUCCUUGUCUCCUCGUCAGUUUGAGUGAUUCCAGUGAUUUCCGCUGCUCGUUACUGCCCGGGUUCGGCUCGCUGCUGCUGCUGCUGCCCUGGCCACAUAAACAUGCGGAUCAUCGAGGCCGAGACCCCCGGGAUAUCUCUACACGCUUCCUGCAGGACCCGGCUCUCCACCGCCCGCUGACUGGACCCGCAGAGCCCGCAGAGCCGCCGCUAGAGGACAGAGAGGGACUCAUCUCAAAGACCUGAUUGCCUGCUGAACUUUUUUGCCUCCCAGUCAGUUCGCCAGGGACCAUGCUGACCAUCUUGGCUGCUGGGUCUGUAUUCUUCCCAGGCCUUUUCCUUCUGUCCAAACAAUGCCUGAAGUCCUUCCCAUCACUGAGAUGGAGCGAAGGAGAUGCAGUCAUUGUAUCAGCCAGGUUGGUUUCAUCAGUUCAGGCAGUCAUGGCUUCUUCAGCUGGCUAUAUCAUUGCUUCUUCCUGCAAGGACAUCAUCGAGGAUCAGCACUGGCUUACGAGUACAUACAUCAUGUUUGCUGUACCCUACUUUGUGUAUGACAUCUACGCAAUGUUCAUGUGCUAUUGGUACAAGCUGCGGGUCAAAGGGCACGAGGAGGCCUCGGCGGCACCCAAGCACAUGAGCUCAGCGAUGACCAGCUAUUUGCGCCGCGAGUUCCUCAUGGUGCUGCACCACGUUGUCAUGGUCACCGUCUGCUUCCCUGUCUCUGUGUUUUGGCGACAAGGAAAAGGAGAUUAUUUCCAGGGUAUAAUGUUCAUGGCUGAGCUCAGCACUCCAUCAGUCUGUUUAGGAAAAAUACUCAUCCAGUACAAACAGCAACACACUCUGCUGCACAAAGUGAAUGGGGCUCUUAUGCUGAUCACUUUUUUCAUCUUUCGAGUCCUACUCUUCCCUUACCUCUACUACGAGUAUGGAAGGUACGCAUCCAUCCCCUUCCAUAUGGUUCCCCUGUCAGUGCCCUGGCACUGUAAUCUGGGUGCUGCUCUGCUCAUGGCACCGCAGCUCUACUGGUUCUCCCUAAUAUGCAGGGGCGCCCUGCGGCUAUUCAAGGGCACCUUCCGCUCUCAGAGACCACGCUCGCCCACAGCCCCCGCCAAGGAACUCCAGACGGAUGGCAGCACGCUGCCACAGCCCGCUAACGGCUACAACACGCGCUCCGCCGAGCCCGAGCUGACCACUCACUGAGGGGGGUGGAGGGGGAGGGUGGGGGCGGGGGGAGGAAAGAAAGAAGGAGAAUGUACCAAUGAGUUUGUAAAUUGAAGGGAAGCAAUGAGUGAAAAAGCAAGACUUGAAGCAAGUCGAGAUGAUGGCCACAAAUCAUGCUGAAGUGUUUUUGCAGCCAGAAAACAGUUAGAUGAGUUUGUGGCUGGCCUCAAAUACUCCAGCUUCUUAGUUUUUAGGAAACAGGAGGAUUCUUUGGGCACUCAGUAUUCAAGAUGUCAUCAGGCACUGUGACAGAUAGUAACAUGCACUGACCUGAGAGGAAUUUGCCUGGAUGUAUAGCAAGCAUAGGUGGAUAUUUCCCUCAUGUAGAUCAAUUACAGUCCUCUCUGCCUCACGGUAUAGGGAGAGGAGGAACAUAGGAAUGUAUUAUAUUGUAUGUUAGUAUGUUUGCUGUAGAUGAAAGGUCUAUUCAGUUUAUUAAUGGAGAAGACCUUCAAAAAAAAAAAUCCCUGGCUAAGCAGUAUUUUGACUUGUUAGUGUUUAUUAUCUGUAUCCUCAAUGUAGUCACUGUCACUCUAACAAAAUGUAACCAACCUGCAGACUGACUUAUCUUUAGAAGGGAGACAAUGUCGUUAUGCUGUAUUCUGCUGCCUUACCCCCCCCUCCCCCUUCGUUGUAGUUUCUUUACGUUUUUAUUUGUUUUUAUCCUAAAAGAAGGACAAGACUUUCCUCAGACAGGAAAAUGUGAAGGAUGUACAUAGAUGUUCAGUUGUCCUAUCCAUGUCAGUAUUAUGUCAUAACUUCAUUUGGUUUUGAUCAACUUUGUAUAAGGGCCAUUGUAGAUUUUUUUUUUUAAAUGGAAGCGAGUGUCAGAAAAUAUUUAAAAGUUAUACAUUUAAUAUGCCAAAAAAAAAAAACAAUUUGACUAAUCUCUGAGAAAAAUUGAUGCAUUUGUGUCAAAUUGUUAUUAGUAGAUGCAUGGAGUUAUAAGUCACUCAUUUAAGAGGACAUUUAUAUCAUUCUUUUUAAAUCCCACAUUGCUAAUCUUGGUGAGGUUGCAUUAUCCAACAACGCUGGAAAACAUUAAAUCCAAACUAAAAUAAGAAAAGUGGUGGAACAAUAACAUUUGUUGUAUCAUACGCAGCUGUACUACAAAUCCCAUCAUCAUUGCUCAACCCAGUGGUAUUAUAGUCCAUUUUAUCUUAAAACUACUGGUUCUGUGGUGUAAUAAGGACAGUCCAGUCUUGCAAAAUAAAGUAGUCUCCCCGUAUCCUCCAAAGAGAAAUCUCAGAAAUGUUUUCUGGCUCUUAGCUGAGAAUUUUUUUUUUUUUAUUACCUCACAAAUUCACGUCAUUUAAUUUCUUUAAACUCAGACAUUCUUCUAAGCUUUAUCAUAUUACACCUCCCCCAUCCAGCAGAGGUUAAGUAAUGCUCUCUUCCUUUUUUUUUUUUUUAAAGCUGCAAUGGGCCUAAUACGCUGUCAUUCAUGUCAUCUGAUGAUAAUCCAGACAUUCUGAACAAUAACAGUUGAACAUUGAGAGGAAAAAACAAGUCCCAGUUUUACAGUCAAGUUUAUGCAAAACAUCUCCAAAGGCUAUGGCGGUGGUUUCUUUGUAGAUGCAACUUUAUUCCCUUCACCGUUAUCACUCCUUCCAUUUUACAUACAAGGAAGUGCUGCACCGAGGCACUCGCUUCAACUUAACUCUUCUUGUGUUUAGCUUGGUGCUGAUGUAAAAUUUCAGAAUAUCCAUUUGCUUGAUGAGAACAUUUGACAAAGGGAUCUGAUAUUUGAGUAUUUUAGCUUUGCUAAGGGACCUGUGACGUGGAUGUCUGUAGGGAAGCAAAGUGGAAAAAUGUCUUGCAGAGAAGAAAUUCCCUUCUGACUGACAAGCAGCACAUUUGUUCAACGUAUUUUGUUUUCUUUGUUGUUUUACUUUCUAAUUGUGGAGUCCAUGAGUUUAGCUUCGUAGUAUUGUAUGAAAUCCCCCCCCAAUCAUUGAGCUGUUUAUUUGAGCCUCUGGUUCCAUGAACCUACAAACAGACAGGCUCAUGUUAUCAUUUUAUGUUUGUUUGAUGCAGUUACAGUUUCCUGAAAACAUUAGGUCAAGGAAGAAAAAAAAAACAAAAAAAAAAACAAAACCGGACACAGAAACAGGGUAGCAAGGGCCGAAGCAUCUGGCAAACCGUGGGCAUGUUGACAGAAUAUUCAUUCCCCUGGUUCAUGAACUCACAAGGUACCGCUUCUUGACAAUACUGAAACAUUCUAACUGAUGUACUGUAUAUUCCACAAAAUGCUUGUUAUUUAUUUGUAAGUAUUUAUUUAUUUAUUUAUUUGGUUUGUGGUUUUGAAGGCAUAUUUAUGCAUACAUAUUAUACUCUAUGCUUCUGAGCCUUAUGUGAAGGCUGUAUUGUUACUCAAACUUAGCUAAAAUAUACUUCUCUGUCCUCA